AUGCGGCUGGAUCUUCAGAAGCUGAAAAGAUGGCUCGUACACACAUCAAAUUCACUCAUUCACUUCGCUGCCCAAUUCAUCGAAAGGCGACCUCUGGCCAGGCUGCUUUCGACAUUUCUGUGCUGUUUGGCCAUAGUUAUCCGUCCUGUAGCACAUUUGGGUGGCGCCUACGCGUUCUUGGUUCUCCCUUUCCUGGCGUUGAUCUUCAGCGUACAGGAGAGUCUCGCCCAGCAGCUGGAAUUGACCGUCUUGAACAUCAUCGGUGCUCUGUGCGGGAUUGGCUUCUCUACCCUUGGAAAGUACAUUGCCUCCUUGACCCCUGAUGACAGCGCCAGGUCAAGAGCGGCGUGUGCUAUCUUCUUGGUAGCAAUCAGCUUCUUUGCUGGCCUCAUCAAAAGUAGACUGGUUCGUUUGACACUGUCCAUGCGCAUCUCGCUAUUCGUCUCUAUUUGGCUGCUCACUAUCAACAUAGGUGAUUCCUCGAGAGUUUUGCUUGAUUCAGGGUACUUUCUCUACGCAACGCUCGCACCCGCCUCCCUCGCCCUAGUCGCGCUGCUUAUCGUCAUGUCCGUACUCCGAUGGUCCGCUUCCAGUUUCGAGAGGGAGAUGGCAAGAACAUUUGCUCUACUAGCCCGAUGCGUAUCUAUAAGCCUCAAUGGUUUGGGGGAAAAGCAAAAAGAUAUAGCUGCAGAUCCCGCGGAGUAUCUUUCGUUGCGCAACCAGCUGUUCAAACAGUCGAUCAUGCUUAAUGAGACGUACUCCCAAGCAGCGUUCGAGCUGCGCCUCGGACGGCUGAGCUUGAAGGCCGUUCGACCCCUGAUAGGCAUCGUCGAGCAUAUUCGCCGAGAACUGGCAUGGGGAAUGUCUACUUUGCAACCCCAGUCUCCCGGCUUCAGCCGGGCCUCCUCUCGUCGACCUUCUGCAUCUCGUCGGUCUUCAGCUCACCGCAUCCGACAUCGCGCUACGCUGCCAUCGCACGACAAGUUUAUUUCCGCCAUCCGAGCCCCGGCGCUGUCUCUCGGGCAUGCGAUUAUCUCCGCCAUGCAUUCCGUAGAGCUGUUGAUCGUCGUUGCGUAUGAUCAAGACCAGUCUUCGUUCCCGCCCGGCGAUCCCGCACGCGCCGCUUCCUUGAAGGCGUGCUCCGUGAAGUACUCUAUACGAGUAGCGGAACAGGCUCUGGUCAAAGCGCGAAACGAGGCGCGCGAGCGGCUCGGAAAUAUAUUCAAUGAGAUGGAUCUGGAAGGCAGAGCACUGGCCAAGAACGUCGACUAUUAUCCGAAGGAAGUGCUCGAUGGCAGUCUCACGAUGAUUGCGCUUUUACAGAUGGCCCACGAAAUGCGGACAGCGCUGCAGAUUGCCGAGCGUAUGUACAACGAGUAUGAAGAGUCCCACGUGCGCCUCUGGUACCCUCACAUCAGCCUUUCAUGGCUGGGCGUCCCUCCGCGAGCACUUAUCAGUGACGACCGCGAUGCGACGCUGCAAAUCCGUGCGAGUGUGGACCAUACACCUUGGACGGAAGACGCGGACGUCAAUCUAACGACCACUGAGACACACGAGGCGCUCGCUGAGAUGGGGUACACAAUUGGUGAGAAGCGGUUGCCGAGUGGAUUGAGCUACUCGACAUUGACGAAGGAGAACGUCGAUGGCAAGCGGAAGCGGAAGCGCUCGUGUUGGCUGUCUUUGUCGGCACCGUUUGCAGAUUUAUGGGCGCUGCCAUGGAUGCUGCGAUUCAGGAUUAUGACGGCGAGAGUCAACCGGGCCGUGUUACACUCAAAUCAUCUGCACCACGCGAUAAAGAAUGCUAUUGGUGUUGCCAUUCUAUGUUUUCCGGCCUUUAUGCCUCCCGAUUCCCGAGGAUUCAAGUGGUUCUCCUCCUGGCAUGGACAGUGGAUGGCGAUCAGUUAUGUAUGGGUUCUUGAGACAAAUACAGGAGCUACGUGGAGGAUGGGAUAUCUCCGCCUUGUCGGCACCACGCUGGCAGCCAUAUAUGCUUAUAUUACGUGGCUCAUCUGCCACGUGAACCCAUAUGGCCUCACGGUAAUGGUUACGGCUGCAGACAUUCCGUUCACCUGGAUGGUAACGAAAACCACCCUCACGCCAUUAGCCGUCCCUGCCGCGGUUACAUUGCCGAUCAUCGCUUUCGCGCAGUAUGUGGAUCCUGAUCCCUCUGAAUCCGUCUUGAAACUCGCUGCAAUCAGGGCGUUGAUGAUUGCAGUGGGUAUUGUUGGCGCAUUGUUGAUGAACAGUUUGGUGUUUCCGCGCCAUUGCCGGGUUGUGUUUCUUUCCGACACCAGUCGGACACUCAGUUUGCUCAGCCAGCUGUAUAUGACUCUCGGCCAUGAUAUAUUCCGGAAGCAGCCCGCAUUCGAGCAUCCGGAACGACACAAGAUGCUCAAGCUCGAGCUUGAGAUACGAAACAGCCUUUACCGUCUGUCUGUCCUUAUCACGACUAUGCACGAUGAAAUCAGUUUGCUUCCGAAACCCUUGGCGCAUUAUCGUCAAACUGUGACCGUCAUGCAAAAAUUCCUGGACGUCAUGACCGGUCUGCGUAAGAUCAGAGAGAAUAUACCCCGCAGAGAGACUGUUGCAAGAGUCUUCAACGAACGACGAGAAUUUAUGUCUUGCGUUUGCAUCACCCUCUACGCAUGUCAGCAUGCCUUCCGUGCACGCGAGCCGCUCCCGCAAUUCAUACCCUCACCCAAGCACGCUCUCGAGAAUCUCGAGCAUCACGUCCAAGAUAGCAUCAGACAGGCUCGAGAGGAAGAUGCGUAUGCAAUGGGUUUAUCGCUGGUCUAUGCGUUCGCAGAGCAAGAGGUCCUCAAGAACAUGGUGGUCAUUUUGGAGGAGUUGCUUGAAAAUACCGGACGGUUGUUCGGGACAUCGGCUUGGCUGACGCACGAACAACAUUUGUCGAUGAUGAGUUUGCCGGAGGAGGACGGGGAUAAUGGAUGGUACAGUACUUUCAGGUGGGAAGAGGUCUGA